GAAUGUCCUCGAUGAAUAGCAGUCCUCCAAAUAUGCCGAGAAAAGACAUAAUUGAACCACAUUAUUACAACUCUUAUAGGAGAUCGUGUCAGUAAGAUGUAAUUUACAGCGCAGCGGACUGACGGUGAUAUUUUAUGUAGUCAAUUGUCUGUGAUAAUUAACAUUUUAUCAAGUUGAGUGUGUUUAAACGCUGUUUAACAUUUAACGAGACAUAAACUACACACAGAAGUUAAAAGAAGAGAGCGCUGGAGAAAUACAGAGCUGAACUCCUGUACCUGCGCUGUUCGCCUUGCCGAGAAGAAGGUUUGCGGUGUGCAAGUGGGAUGUCUGCAGAUCAGCUGUGGCCUGACUAUGGUGAAGCACCAACCCUUGCAGGUCUAUGAGAGACAGCUGUGUUUGUCCUGCCUGACCGGGAUCUAUGGCUGGCGCUGGAAACGGUACCAACGCUCCCAUGACGACAGCUCCAAGUGGGAAUGUUCAUGGUUCUUCUUACUCUGCUGUUCGUUUCUCCUCCUCCUGGCGUGGUCGUACUUCUGGUGGGAAGCUCGUAAUGACUACAACGAGUUCAACUGGUUGUUAUAUAAUCGUUCGGGUGUUUGGAAGGAUGGCACUGUCCCUAUUCUCGCCACAACACUCACAGGAUUCACUUACACUGCAUUUUUAAUGAUUCUUGCUCUUAGUCAUAUUGUACUGGGACAGCAGCUUAACUUGUACUGGAUCCAUAAGAUUGUAGUUCUGGCUGUUCUUUUCACCACUAUCACAGGUGUGGUGUCCAUUGAAGAUUUUUGGCAGGAUGAAUGGGACAUUGUCCUUAUUUCUUUACAGUUCACCGGUCCAUUCCUGCACAUCGGGGCCUUAGCUGUGAUCACAGCAUUAGGGUGGGUCAUUGCCGGUCAUGUGGCACGAGGAGAAAGAUCAAGACUUCAGAUUGUUAUACUGGUGGUUUAUGUGUGUGUUCUCCUGGUGCUGUACCUGGUUCCUCUCUUCAUCUCUUCUCCCUGCAUCAUGGACCGUUCUAAGCUCGGUCCUCGUCCUGCUGUCAUUGGCCGCCGUGGAGCUCCAAUGCUUGCUCCAGAGCACACUAUCAUGUCCUUCAGUAAAGCUCUGCAACAGAAAGUCAAUGCCCUGGAAGCAGAUGUUGCCAUCAGUCUCGAUGGAGUCCCGUUUCUGAUGAGAGAUCGCACAUUGCGCAGGACCACAGAUGUGGACAAGCUGUUUCCUGCCCGUCAGGACAAUGACGCCUCGUUCUUUAACUGGACAGAAAUCCGUAGUCUCAAUACUGGAUUUUGGUUCCUCAGGGAUGACCCAUACUGGACAGUGCAGUUCAUGUCUGAGAAGGACCGCAAUCGUACGGCCAAUCAGACUGUGUGUAGCCUAGCAGAGCUUCUGCGUCUGGCUGCUCGAACAAAUCGAUCUGUGAUCUUCAGUCUGCGGCGACCUCCACCCCAACACCCCCGACACCAGCUCUGGGUCAGUGAUGCACUGAAGGUGAUUCAGAGAUCCAGCAUCCAACCAGAGAAGGUGAUGUGGACUCCUGACUGGUACAGGAAGAAGGUUCGUGCGGCAGUUCCACUCCUGCAGCAGACAUCAGAUGAGAAACUUCCUGUAGCUGAGCUGAAAGACAGAGGAAUCAGUACACUUACCCUGCAUUACAGUCAAGCCAGAGCUCAGGAUAUCAGGCGGUUUUCUGGAAGUAAUGUGAGUGUGAAUGUGUAUCCAGUGAAUGAGCCGUGGCUCUACUCUCUCAUGUGGUGCAGCGGGGUCCAGUCUGUCUCCUCUGAUGCUCCACACAUCCUGAAGAAAGUGCCUAAUCCAAUCUGGAUCAUGAGUGCAGAGGAAUAUGGCCUGAUGUGGAUUACUUCUGAUUUAAUCUCUGUAGCGAUUGUCAUUGGCAUUUUCACAUUUCAAAAGUGGAAAAUGAGUGGCAUGCGCACAUACAACCCUGAGCAGAUUAUGUUGAGCGCUGUGGUCCGUCGGCCAAGCCGUGAUGUCAACAUCAUGAAAGAAAAACUCAUAUUUUCAGAGAUCAACAAUGGUGUCGGAAGCACAGACGAGCUUUCCAUGUACACAGGAAAUGGACUGGAUGCAUAUACACGUCAUGAUGCCCACGGGUCAUACGGCUAAACUUUAGUGAAGCCUGGAUCAUGUUUGAAUCCAUUUUACAGAAAGAACAUCUCAAGCUUAUCAAUAUUAUUUUAGCCAGAGUUGCUUUUUUGGAAUGUUCUUCUCUGAAAAUGAGUUUUUUACAUUAGUUUACACAAACUCCUGGGACUCAGAGAUAAAGAGUGUCAGCACUCUGAGAUCCAAACUUGUGUACAGAAAUUCAUACUGUAUUCAACCUCCAUUUCAGUGUUCUGCUUGAUGCCUUAUGUACUGUCUUUUUGCUGUAUCAAACUGCAUUUAAAACCGAGCUGAGCUACUGUAGCAGUAUGUGCAUUGUGAUUUUGAGUCCAAACUGUUAAUAGCAGGUAAAAAAAAGUGUCUUGUUAAUAAUGUUCUUGAUCUGGAGAACAUACUGAAGUUCAAUUGACUAAAUGUUCAAAGCAAAGCAAGGCAGAACGGAAGGUUUUAAAGCUCUUGUGAAAGAGGGAGAAUUAUGCUAUCCCAAACUAGCCAGAUUGUAAAGCUAUUAUUAUUUAUAUUUUAUUUAUUUUUGUAAUCUUAUUUCUUCCUGGUGAUCUCAUUACAGUAGCUAAAGAUCUGUUUACUUCUACACUACUGUAUUGAUGUCUUUUUAAGUGAUUUAUUUUCUAAUUAAAUAUUUCUCAAUUGUGUUGUGUUUUUCAUGAGGUCUGGGAGUUAAUGUGGAUACAUUUAUACUUAAAACAUUGUGUUUUAGGGACUAUUAGCUAAUAUGUUUGGUGGAUUCUGG